AUGACCAAAACAAUCCAAUCCCUCACCCCAACCGCCAUAACCACCGCCCACACGCUCAUAAAUCCAUACAUCCACAAAACACCCCUCCUCACAAACACCACACUGAACAACCUCGCCUCAACACCCCAAUCCGCGGAGUCACUGCAAGGCACCGAAUGGGCAGGCCAAGCGCCCGCGAAUCCGACGAUCCGGUUCUUUUUCAAAUGCGAGAAUUAUCAGCGCGUGGGGGCGUUCAAGGCCCGGGGUGCUUUUCAUGCUUUGUUGAGGUUGAUUGAGAGCGAGGGGGAGAGUGUUGUUCGGGGGAGGGGGGUUGUUACGCAUUCUUCUGGUUUGUGGUCUUUCACCUUUCUUUCAUCUGUUCAAUUGCUCUGUUUUUUUGAAGAUGGAUGGAUGGAUGCAUUUGUAUAA